AUGUACUCGGAUAUUUGGAAUUACGAUUUCUCCAUUUGGAUACCUUUCAACUCAGUACGCUGUCUGAGUAUGAAUGUCAUAAUAAUGUAUGUUUGGUGUUUAAGUCUCAUCAAACAUGGAUUUCAAUUUAUUAAUCAAAGUUUAAGUAUUCUACCAGAAUUAAAUGUAAUCAAAAAGCCUUCUAUAGGAGUAACAAGAAUAAGAUUAAAUGCCAGUGAAGUUAAUUCACGAUUAAAUGAACUCUUCCAACUUCAUUUAAAUCUUGAAAACGUUGCAAAAAUGAUAAAUGAAUUAUUUUCAUUACCAAUGUUGAUUGCGCUUUUGAUGCAAUUUUCGCAGUCGAUUGCUAAUGUGUAUACAAUUGCGAUUUUUAUAAAUACAAAAAUGUACCGAUCUUGGAAAACUACCAGACGUAUUUUUGGAAUUACAGGCUGGCUUGGCUUACGUCUGAUUUUGAUAUUUUAUGUGGUGGAUAUUUGUAAUGCUACUUGUAGGGAGGCUAAUCGAAAAGCGAUUAUUUUACACGAAUUAUGGAGCACAUUGAAAUUAAAAGGAAAUAGAGAGACGUUGAAAAAUAUUUCGAUUCGAUUAUUGCAAAAACCACUGGAAAUAAAUUUAUAUGAUUCGUUAAAUCUCAAUCAUCAAAUAUUUUAUAAGAUGUGUGGACUAUUGAUAACUUAUUUAAUCAUCAUUAUUCAAAUCGAUAAGAAUCAAUUACGUCUCAUCUUGAGAUCAUUAAGGAAUGUUAUUGAAACUGCAAUUUCUCUUGGAAUGCGUGAAAUUUUAAAAAUUUUACCUGAAGUUGAAAUAGCUCACAGUGUUCGCAAAAAAGUAAAAACCAUCAGAUUAAGUCCUCAUGAAGUAGACAUUCGAUUAAAUGAACUAAGCCAGUUACAUUUUGAUCUUAAACAUCUGGUCAAAAUGUUCAGUGAAUUACUUUCACUACCUCUAUUAAUUGCUUUAACAAUGCAGCUCUUUCAUAUAAUUCUUAAUACAUACAUGAUAUCAAUAUUUAUUAACAACGGACGGCAUCGAUCUUGGAGAGGUAUUCGAGGUCUCACAGCUCUUACAGCUUUUCUUUUAUUACGUCUUAUACAAUUGUUCAGUAUCGUUAAUGUUUGUGAUGCUACAUGUCAAGAGGCAAAUCGCAAGGCAAUUAUUCUUCAUGAGUUCUGGGCUUCUAGAAGACCUGAAGGUUCUAAAGAUAGGGUGAAUAAUGUAGUUACGUAG